AUGGGCCUCUUCGUACUUUCCGAAACCAGUGCUGGUUUUGCCCUUUUCAAGGCCGACAAAAAAGCUCUCAAGAAGAGCGAAGGUGCAGAAGUUGAGACCGCUGAGGGUAUCAAUGGACUUCUCAAGUUAAAGCAUUUCGAGAAGUUCGACAGUGCUGCGACUGCACUGGAGGAAGUCGCGUCUCUCGUCGAGGGGAAGGUUUCGCCCAUGCUCGCCAAACUUCUUGAUUCACUCAAGGAUGAAAAGAAGGCUUCUUUGGCUGUGGCAGACCCAAAACUGGGACAAGCUAUCAACAAACUCCCAGGACUCACCCUGACACCUGUGUCCGACUCUACGACUAAUGAUCUCUACCGCGCAAUCCGCGAUCACCUACCUUCCCUCAUCCCAGGUCUCCUACCCGAAAACAUCGCAACCAUGUCCCUUGGUCUUUCACAUUCGCUCUCUCGACACAAGCUUAAGUUCUCGCCCGAUAAGGUCGAUACUAUGAUCGUACAAGCCAUCGCACUCCUCGACGACUUAGACAAAGAGCUAAACACUUACGCUAUGCGCGUCAAGGAAUGGUACGGAUGGCAUUUCCCCGAGAUGGGUCGCAUUGUCAAUGACAACCUAGCCUACUCCAGAAUCAUCAUGAAGGUCGGUAUGCGUACAAAUUGUCAAAAUACUGAUCUUGCCGACAUUUUGCCUGAAGAAAUCGAGACUGCUGUCAAGUCUGCCGCCGAGGUCAGUAUGGGUACCGAGAUUACUGAGCAGGAUUUGGACAACAUCCAGCUUUUAGCAGAGCAGGUCGUUGGCUUCACGGAAUACCGUCAGCAAUUGUCAACCUACCUCACUGCUCGUAUGCAAGCUAUCGCACCCAAUUUGACUGAGUUGGUUGGAGAACUUGUCGGAGCUAGACUGAUUGCCCACUCUGGAUCGCUCAUGAGCCUCGCAAAGAGCCCUGCCAGUACCAUUCAAAUCCUGGGUGCCGAGAAGGCAUUAUUCAGAGCUUUGAAGACGAAACACGACACACCAAAAUACGGUCUCAUCUACCAUGCAUCUCUGGUUGGUCAAGCCACUGGCAAGAACAAGGGCAAGAUCUCUCGUAUGUUGGCAGCCAAGGCGGCUAUUGGUAUUCGUGUCGAUGCACUUUCAGACUGGAGUGCUCAGGGCGAGGGCAAGGGCGAUGAUGUGGACGACGAAGAGAGAUCUGCACUGGGUGUCAAGUCACGUUCAAAGAUUGAGCGACACCUUAGACUUUUGGAAGGCAAGCCCUUAUUACCAAAAGGUGUCGCAGUUGGACCAAAUGGAAAAGCUGCCACACCAGGGAAGUGGGAGAUCAAGGAGGCACGAAAGUACAACGCCAAUGCUGAUGGACUUGCUGGUGAUGAGACUGCUGCUGCUGCCCCUGUUUCCGAGAAGAAGCCAAAGAAGGACAAGAAAGAAAAGAAAGAAAAGAAGCUGAUCGAGGAAGUCAAGGAGGAUGAGUCAGAGGACUCGGAUGAGGAGAUGCCCGACGUUGAUGCUGGACUCGGCCUGGCACCACCAUCAUUGAAUGGUACCAAGGCUAAGCCAGUUGCCCAAAAGCAGUCCAAUGGCACUGCCGAAUCAAUUUCAUCCGUCUCAGAAGAUGAAGAGGAUGAUGAAGUACCAGCUAAACAGUGGCAAUCUUUGAUACUUGGGAACACCAAAGAAGCGAAGAAGGCACGAAAGAUUGAGCGUCAUGAGCGGAAUGUCGCUUUGGCCGAGGAGAAGUCGAAGAAAAGAGCUGACCGAAAGGCCAAAGAGACUAAGAAAGCGGAGAAGGAAGAAAAGAGACAAGCAAAGUCUGGAUCUUCAGCUUCAUCAGCAGCUCCAAUAGACCCAGAUGUCGCUCAUGCCGCUACCUUAAGUAUGAGUCUCGAGAAAUACAAGCGCAAACUCCAGGAUGGCCAGAUCAGUAUCGUUGAUGGUACCCCAGUCAAGACAAGCAAGAAAGACCUCAAGAAGCAAAAGAAGCUAGAGGCGAAGGCCGCGGAAGCUCAGGCUGCCGCCAGUACGGAUAGCAGCAAGAAGCGGAAGCAUGAGGAUGAGGCUGACAAGUCAGAGAAGAAGAAAAAGAAGAAGAACAAGCAAUGA